AAGAUGUGGGCCGAACCUAACGGCCUAUAAUGUUUUAUCACGAGGGAAUGUAAAAUUCCGAGACUGCCCUGCAAUCAUUUAAGCAAGUCAACUGAAGUCAAGCUGAUAUCCUUUUUAUGUUCAACAAUGGGUGGCUGUAAUACCAGUAUUUUUCUCAUGAUUUAGGCAAACAAUUCCAGAGUUGAUAUUAAAGAAAAAAACAGCAGACACGGUGAAGCAACGCCAAGUUACUCGCAACAAAUUCGUAUAAUCAGACGCUUUUCUCGUUUGCUUGAUCUGAGUGUAAUAUUUCAGAGUAUUUGGUGAAUUAUGGAAUUUGUAGGACCAAUUUGUGAAGCGCUAAAGUGCUUAGGAGAUCCAACAUGUACAUACAUAGAGCAUCACAGAAAACUUGAAGACAGGAGGAAUGAUCUUCAAGCGAGCCUAGACCGACUAAAUGCUAUGAACAGAGAUGUGGAGCUGAGAAAAAAGGCAGAGCUUCGAUGGGGAAGACUUUUAAGGGAAGAAGUAAAGAAGUGGCUUGAAGAUGUGCAAACCGUCAAUGGCAAAAUACAGAACAUUGAUGAAAGAAUGCAAAAUGUGUCUUGUUUUUCACGUGGGCGCCUUGGGAAACAAGUUUCCCAAACAGUUGAAGAAGUGAAGGAAAUUAUUGAACAAGGUAGGUUCACUGGAGCUCUAGUAAUUGAUGACCCAUCUAUUGUUGGAGUGCCUUGUCAGUUGGAACAUUUGGAAGGUGAAACCGCGGUGAUUGCAGACAUUUGGAAGCAUUUGACGAGUGAUGGAAUUGGAAUGGUUGGUGUAUGGGGAAUGGGCGGGAUCGGGAAAACCACUAUAAUGAAGCACAUACACAAUAAACUAUUGGAGAUCACUAAAUCUGGACCCUUGUUUGAGAAAAUCAUUUGGGUCACUGUUUCACAGGACUUCAACAUCACCAGGUUACAACAAGACAUUGCUGAUGCUAUGAAUAUUGAAGAUCUUCCGAAAUCUGAACAAAAGCGUACAGCUGUGAUAAGGAACAAAUUGCGACAAAUAAGACAUCUAUUGAUCUUAGAUGAUGUUUGGGAAGGUUUCGUUCUCGAAAAGGUAGGGAUCCCUGAACCAAUAUCCAGCAAUCGGAGCAAGUUGGUAGUAACUAGUAGAUUGAAAGAGUUUUGUAGAUCUAUAGGCUGUCAUGAGAUAGUCGAAGUGCCUCCACUUUCCGAUGAGGAGUCCAUGAAAUUAUUCUUGGUUCAUACCGGAGAUGGGGUUCUAAAGGUUCCACCUUUGAAUGAAAUUUUGGGCGAUAUUGUUAGAGAGUGCGAUGGGUUACCCCUUGCUAUAAAAGUAAUAGCUAGUAGCAUGAAGGGAAUAAAUGAUGUUGUCGAAUGGAGGAAUGCAUUAACAGAGUUACGUAACCAUGUAACAAGUGUGAAAGGCACAGAUAAAGAAAUAUAUGAGCGAUUAAAGUUCAGUUUUGACCGUUUGAAAGAUUCGAAUAUCCAAAAUUGUUUCCUUUAUUGCUCACUGUACCCAGAAGACUAUAAAAUUCCAAGGGUGGAAUUAAUAGAAUACUGGAUAGACGAGGGAUUUCUUGAAAUGGGGAGUCGACAACAAUUGCAUGAUAGGGGUCAUACUAUAUUAAAUAGGCUGAUAAACAACUGUUUAUUGGAAAAGGCUGGAGAUGAUGUUAAGAUGCAUGAUGUGAUGAGAGAUAUGGCCUUAUAUAUCAAACAACCUCAUUUUAUUGUAAAAGCUGGCACCGGAUUGGAAGAAUUACCAAGCAAGCCAGAAUGGAAAAAAGAUGUUGAAAGGGCUUCAUUCAUGAUGAAUAAGGUAUCAGAAAUCCCUCUAAGCUUGUCACCCAAUUGUGGAAACCUUUCGACCUUAUUACUGAAAAAGAAUAGGUCCUUGAAAAGGAUUUCCGAAUCAUUCUUUCAGCACAUGUAUAGUCUCAACAUUCUUGACCUUUCUUAUACCGGUAUCAAGCAAUUGCCCAAUUCCGUAUCAAACUUGGAAACGCUCAAUGCAUUGGUGCUCCGUGGAUGCUACAACUUGAGAUAUGUGCCUUCACUAGAAAAGCUUAAGGCUCUACGAAAACUAGACCUCCGGGGAACAGGUAUUGAAAAGGUGCCUAAAGGUUUGGAAAUGUUAACAAAUCUAAUAUAUCUCAAUUUAUGUACUGAAAGCUUAAAGGAGCUGCCAAUUGCAAUUCUACCUAGGCUUUCUUGUCUGCAAUGUUUGGUAUUAUAUGUUAAAUCAGCUUGUGUAAAAAUGAAUAGAUUGGAACUUGCCAGAUUAAGGAAGCUAGAGGUAUUUGAAGGGAGAUUUAAUGAAUUGAUAGACUUUAAUGCAUACACCAAGUCUAUACAAGGUCAACAGCUCACUUCUUACUUGCUUGUCAUGGCACCACUUGGAGAAGGCGUAGAUUAUGUUUUUCGUUUCAAGGUCAACAAGCAUUGCGACGGCUGCGUGUAUAGGCUGAGGAAGUCACUGUCAAAGUUCCCAGCUGUGAAAACUGUGUCCUUAACUUGGGGAAAGGAGGUGAUUGUGGAAGCGACUCUGGAAGUGUCUGGUAAGUUAGAAAUGGGACCCACAAAUAUUGUGGCGAACUUGAUGAAACGGCGUUUCAAAGUGCAGCUCAUGGAUGAGUGGUGGGAGCCUCCACUUCUACCUAUGAAAAAUGUGAUAUUAAGCGGGUGUCCAAUAGGAAGAGAAGAUCCAGCAGAGCUCCCAAGUGAUGUUAGGAGUCUGAGAAUUUUUAGGUGCCACAAUAUCAGAAGCUUAAGUGAUAUGCCCUUCUUUCAACAAACCAAUGAGUUGGGGUUCUGCUCGAUUCACGAUUGCAGAGGGAUAGAAUCUGUGCUUGAACUGUCGUCACCAUCCCUAUCAUGCACCCCAUUUGAGAACCUUGAGCUCUUGAGGCUUGAAAAUUUGGAUAACCUUCAUGUGCUUGUUAAAGUAGCAGAAGCAUCUGUCGUUUCUACAUUGAGUUCGCAGUCUAUUCCAGCCAUCUUUUCCCAUCUUAAAUCAUUUCAUAUUGAAGGAUGCUCAAACAUGAAGCAGCUCUUUCCCUUUGACUUAGUACAUGACCUCCAAAACCUAGAGAACCUCAUAGUUCGUGGUUGUGGACAAAUAGAGGAAAUCAUAGGAUCAGAAAAAGAGGAAGAGAAUCACAAGGGAAAUGGAACGCAAGGUCCAACAAAGUUCUGCCUUCCCAAAUUAAAGGAGUUAGAAUUGACGUGCUUACCAGAGCUGAAGAGCAUAUGCAGUUCAAAUAGGGAAAUGGUAUGCAACUCUCUUAGGAAAAUCGAAGUAAGGGAUUGUACCAAUCUAAAAAGGAUGCCUCUGUAUCUUCCUCUUUUUCAAGAUACACACCAAUCAGCUCCUUCUGUUCGUCCUUUCGAAAGAUUCCACGUGCAUCCAAAGGAGUGGUGGGAAUCAGUAGAGUGGGACUAUCCGAAUGCUAAGGAGGUUCUGCGACCUUGGUUGCACUUGUAUUAGCGCUUCUGGAAGCCUUUGCUGUUCAAAUCAAAUUCCGGAUCAAGCUAAACAGUUGUUUAUGCCAUUCUAAAUCUAGCAAAGCAGUUGGCUUGACAAUCAAAUCUUGGAGAACCAAAUCAACCAAACUCAUCACUGUACCUUCAUUUUUCUGUGGUGGUUCUUUCUUUGAUGUGGUACUUUUUCGGAUGCAUCCUUCUCUUGUGGUUUUAUCUGUAAUAAAUGAACUUCAAUUUGGUUUCAAUAUGAUUGGAUUGUUGAUGUUGUAAUUCAACUUUGUGAUAAUCCUGCUUCUAGUUUGCAUCAUUUUUUACUA